AGUAGUUAACUUUAACAUGGCAACUCCCCAAAACAGCUGUCCGGCAAUUAACUGUCAGCGAAGUGUUUAUUUAAUAAUUUAUCGCAAAAAUAGAAAGUAAUGUACAGCAUUAGCAAAUUUUGUGCACAAAUUCAGCCAGCAAAGUUUUUGCGUAUAUCAGAAUUACAAAUAAAUGAAUUGCAACGAUUAAAUAUAUGCAACAUUUCAACAGCUUAUUGCUACUAUCAGUGCCGACAGCAACACUUAAUGUGUAGUAGUCUACCUAAAGCAGUGCGAGCAAACACAUUUGAAAGUAAGAGGCGAUACUCUACGGUGAUUGCGCAGAAAACCAUAGCGAAGAAAAAGAUGGCAAAACUCACCGAGCAGGAAAGAUCUGAACUACUUCAACCUAUUCUGGCUGCUGGCUGGUCAUUAGUAGAUAACCGCGAUGCCAUAUAUAAGGAAUUCUUAUUCAGUGAUUUCAACGCUGCUUUCAGUUUUAUGUCCGGUGUUGCUUUGCUUGCCGAAAAACUGAAUCAUCAUCCCGAGUGGUUUAAUGUAUACAAUAAAGUACAAGUAACUUUGUCUACACAUGAUGUUGGCGGCCUCAGUGCAAAAGAUAUUCGUGUAGCUAAAUACAUGGAAGAACAAGCCAAACGUCUACUCUAAGCAACCGUUCCAAUUAGUGUGUGGUGUUUUCAUGAUAUUGUUAGUUAUUUAAAGUUGUAAAAUAAAUGUUGUGAUUAAAAUUUA